UGUCUUUGAAGGCGGAUCUUUUGGCAGGUUAGCCCAGGACCGUGGCGAAGACCAACUCAAACGAGCGAUACCACCAACCACUCCAAACUGAUUUGCUCUGUCUCUGGAGUGCAGUUAGGAAUAGAUCUCUGCUCUGUUUGAGUUAUUAUUAGGUUAUUACACAGUUUGCGUGGAUUUGUCGUGAGUAUGCACAUACCCCCAACGAAACCCCAACGCGGAGCAAAAGGAAGAAUAAUUUAGUUAAGUUGGUAGCCUAAACAUUGAAGUUUUAACAGACUGGUUCCACUCGUGCUGCAGGACAGAGGCAGAAGGAAUCCGUCCUGAACGUGGUUGAAUACCGUCUCUGAAUGCGCUUUGAUGACCGCUGGAACGUUUGUCUGGAUCGGAACACUUUUAUCCAAUAAAAAAAAAACAUCGAGGCGAACAGAAAAAAUGAACUAUGCGACGACACUAGAAACAACAACUAGUGCAAACUCGUUUAUUCUCUGAACAUGUUGGAUUAUUCCGAAACAAAUGUAUACACUUCCAAGCAUGGACAUUAUGGUAAGCGACAAUUAUUUUGCGAGAAAAUGAUUCACACGUGUUAGGAAUUCUCUCUCGAGUUAAAUUCGAAUCAAGGAAUUAAUUACAAGUAAAAACUGAGAAACUAUGGUCUUUCGUAGACAAUUGUGAGUUCAUCCACUGCUUGGCUCAUUCAUAAAAAAUAAUCUACAGAAAGGUUUUUAGUAGUCUUUGCCUUUAGGAGACGCAACUUCUACGUUAUUCUAAGAAUUUUAUCUUCAAUUGUUUGCCACUAAAAGGAUCAAAGAGGAGAGACUAUGCAUUCCUUUGCCAAACUGACCCUUGUCAAUGUGCUGCUGGUCUGUCUGAGUUGUGGCUGCUCAGCUAUUAGCUCCAUAGACCCAGACCGGCCAGGUGAGGGGAGAUGUCAACAGAUUGUCAUCUCCCUGUGUAAGGACAUUGGUUACAACAUGACUAGGAUGCCCAAUCUGAUGGGCCACGAGGACCAGAAUGAGGCAGCCAUCAAGAUACAUGAGUUUGUCCCUCUCAUAGAGUUUGGAUGCCACACUCACCUCAAGUUUUUUCUUUGUUCGCUGUAUGCACCCAUGUGCACGGAGCAGGUGUCCACCCCGAUACCUGCCUGCAGAGUGAUGUGUGAGCAGGCCAGGCAAAAGUGCUCCCCUAUCAUGGAGCAGUUCAACUUCCACUGGCCUGACUCCCUGGACUGCUCCAGACUACCCAACAAAAAUGACCCAAACAACCUAUGCAUGGAGGCCCCCAACAACGGCUCAGAUGAGUCCCCAAAAGGCUCACACACUCAGCCUCCUGACUUCAGGCUUCAGAGGCCCAUAAAAGGCCAGGACCUGCAUGUGAAGGACAAGGAGAGCAAGGAGACCUGUAGUAACCCAGGCAAGUUCCACUAUGUACAGAAAAGUGAGUCCUGUGCUCCCAAGUGCUACCCCAAAGUGGAUGUGUACUGGAGUCAGGGAGAUAAGCAGUUCUCUCUGGUGUGGAUGGCCAUCUGGUCCAUCCUUUGCUUCGUCUCCAGCUCAUUCACUGUCCUCACCUUCCUUAUCGACCCGCAGCGCUUCAAAUACCCUGAGAGGCCCAUUAUCUUCCUCUCUAUGUCCUACUGUGUUUACUCUGUGGGCUACCUGAUCCGUCUGUUUGUGGGGGCAGACAACAUCGCCUGUGACCGGGACAGUGGGGUCCAGUACAUCAUUCAGGAGGGUCUGGAAAGCACCGGCUGCACCAUCGUCUUCCUCAUCCUCUACUACUUUGGCAUGGCCAGCUCCCUCUGGUGGGUCAUCCUCACACUCACCUGGUUCCUGGCUGCAGGGAAGAAGUGGGGUCACGAGGCCAUUGAGGCCAACAGCAGCUACUUCCACCUGGCAGCCUGGGCCAUCCCGGCCGUCAAGACCAUCAUGAUCCUGGUGAUGAGGAAGGUGGCGGGGGACGAGCUGACGGGGGUGUGCUACGUGGGCAGCAUGGACGUGAAAGCUCUCACAUGCUUCGUGCUCAUCCCACUCUCCUGCUACCUCAUCAUCGGCACCUCCUUCCUGCUGUCGGGCUUCGUGGCCCUGUUCCACAUCCGCAAGGUCAUGAAGACAGAGGGGGAGAACACGGAUAAACUGGAGAAGCUGAUGGUGCGGAUCGGCGUGUUCUCAGUCCUCUACACUGUACCUGCCACCUGCGUUAUCGCCUGCUACUUCUACGAGAGGCUCAACAUGGACUACUGGAGGAGCCUGGCCGUGGAGCAGAAGUGUGUUGACAGCAGCAGGAACAAUGCAGAGUCUGAGGAGUGUGGUAUGAAGAGCUCCAUCCCGGCCGUGGAGAUCUUCAUGGUUAAGAUCUUCAUGCUGUUAGUUGUGGGCAUCACGAGUGGCAUGUGGAUAUGGACCUCAAAGACACUGCAGUCGUGGCAGAAUGUGUUUAGCAGGAAGUUGAAGAAGAGGACUAGGAGGAAGCCUGCCAGUGUGUUCACAAGCAGUGGGCCUUACAUCAAGCCUCACCCAGCACUUAAAGGGCACAACACGAAGUAUGAGCCUACCAGGCCCCCUCCGACAUGCGUAUGAGCUGGCGCUCUCACAGACAGCGUGCGAAACCAAAACCAUUCUAAAGCCCUUACCUAAAACAGACUUUAUAAUCAGAGUGCCAACAAAAGACACAUCGAUGUUCAUAUUUAUUUUAAGUAUUAUUUUGAUCCAUCUCAAGCUACAAGAAAUAAAUGCCUUUGUUUAAAAUAUCUGCUACUCCUGGAACCACUUAUCUGUUUAAGAACAUGAUAGAGAGAAAAAAUAUUUUUCUUUCCAAGACAAAGAAAGUGGAAGUAACUAUUUGGAUGUGUCAUUGGGUUGCUUGAAUAAUGUGCAAUAUAUGUUUUUCUUAAUGGCAAAAAAAUACACGAGUAUUGUAGAAACAGAUUAAAGACGAUGUAAGUCAAUCCACUGACAAAGGGAGUGAAUGGUCUGGGAGAUCAAGACCCUUUAGCGUUGCGUUGUGUGGCUUUGAAAUGGAAGUCAAAGCAGUGCCAUACAUGUUUGGACUGAACUGAAGUGAGAAGGCAGCUGUUGAAAAGGGCUCAGGACCACAUUGACUGCCUAUUGUGAAGCAAAUUCAUUCCAUAAAUCAACAAGCACUAGACAUCGCAAAAGUAAUAAUUUGUACAGACAGUUUUCCUGUUGUUUUUGCUUUGCUGUUUUAUAGCACAGGGGAACAUUUGCAUAUAUUUCUUAAAGUUCAUAUUUUAUAAAAAAUAAAUGAAACAUUCCAGUUUUAAUGUCCUAAAAACUGGAAUUGUAUAUUAUAACUGUAUGGGGUUUAUCUGUAGUGUGAAUGAGUUCAUCCUUGGCUUUACAAAAAGCACAUUUCUCAAUUUGUAUGACAAAUUAUUACAUUGGACAUUUGAAGAUAGUCCUCACUAACCAUUGAUGUAACGUUAUGGUAUAUUUCAAUCAUCCACCGAGUGUGUGCUUGACACUUGACUUAUCUCUCUCUUUUGAGAGAUUUAUGCAUUUAAUUACAGAAAGACAAAUUGGUGUUUGAAGUUAGCCUUGUGAAUACUCUGACUUCUGUUGAUACCUGAUUACAAUGGAGUGAGCUCUCAGUGAAGUACCUACAGGAGGAAGAACAAUGGCAUCUGUACACUUCUGUUGUAAUUGUUGAGAAGGAAGGCAUCAUGGGUAAUCCAGAGCCCACUCCCUCCAUGGCCAUUUAUUAGAGAUGACUAAUAGAAAAAAAAGUUUGAUGACAUCAAAGAGAUUACGAACAAAGCACUUUUGUAUUAUUGUAGUGUCAACCAUUUCUAAAAGUGAGGCUUUUAUAUUCCACUCCUAUUAAAAUGUAUUCACUUCCAUGUUC